AUAUAGAUGAAUGUUCUUCCGACCCUUGCAAGAACGGUGGCACCUGUGAGGAUCUUGUCAAUGGAUAUGAAUGUACAUGUGUUGCCGGAUAUGACGGAACUACAUGUGAUAAUAAUAUCGAUGAAUGUUUAAACAAUCCAUGCAAAAAUGGAGCUACAUGUACGGAUCUUGUUAAUAGAUAUGAAUGUGAAUGUGUGCCGGGUUACGACGGAAAUGAGUGUAAUAAUGAUAUCAACGAAUGCUCAACCGAUCCAUGUCAAAAUGGUGGUACCUGUAAGGAUCUAGUUAAUGCAUAUGAAUGUGAAUGUGUUGCUGGAUACGAUGGCAAAAAUUGCGAUAAUGAUAUAGAUGAAUGUUCGAGCCACCCAUGCAAUAAUGGUGCUACAUGUACUGAUCUUGUCAAUAGUUACAAAUGCACAUGUGUGUCUGGAUACGAUGGGGCGGACUGUGAUAAUGAUAUUAAUGACUGCGCUCCUGACCCUUGCAAGAACGGUGGUACCUGUAAGGAUCUUGUAAACAAAUACGAAUGUACAUGUGCUGCUGGAUACGAUGGAAUUGUGACAAUGAUAUCAACGAAUGCUCGAGUAACCCGUGCAAAAAUGGUGGUGCGUGUAAAGAUCUUGUUAACAAAUACGAAUGUACAUGCGUUGCUGGGUACAACGGCCCUAACUGUGACAUUGAUAUCAACGAAUGCUCGAGCAAUCCUUGCAAGAAUGGUGGAAUCUGUAAGGAUCUUGUAA